UUCGAAAUGUGGCCGUCUCACCUUCUAGAUUCGAACAGACGGUGGGCCAUCAGAAAAAAUAUAACCGGAGAAGAUGAAUUGGAACAUAAUCCGAAGAGACAGAAAUUGGAAAAUUUGAGGAGUAUGCAGGAAUCUGAUAUUUCAGCUCAUCAAUAUAGUGGCCCUCUCAAUCCAUACCAGUCAAACCACAAUAUCCCCCUCAAUAUCACGGAACAACCGCAGGCUAAGAAUUUAUUGGAUUCGCCGUCCCCAUUGAAUCCUGAAAAAGAUCCGAUGAAUUUGGACAGCGAUGAAAUAAAGAUGUUAGCGAGCAAUGUGGACCCACAAUGUCCGUUGCCGGAGCUUCAACUGUCUUCAAGGAUUUCCGACGAUGACGAUAUGAAGGACUCAUUGACUAAGCUGACUAACCUGUCGUUGAACCAGUUCGAUUGAGAAGUUUCACAGCGAGAAACCGAUUAAAUAUCUGGAAAUGAAGAUCAAUUGAGGACUUCUGAUCAAGUCAAAUUUGACCCUUGCACUCUCAGACUGAAAAACUAGUUAUUCUUCUAAGACAAUAGCUUGAAUAUACCUUAUCAGAUAAUGAUUUCUUUUGGAGCACAUUUAUUUUUCAUGCUGGCUACUCUGUGCGCCUAUUUGUCAUAAUUGUCACUUGUCACAUUUAGACAAUGUUUCUAUUGUACAUUUUUGCUGUUUGAAAGCAGUUUAGAUAAUAUCGUUCAUAUCAAUAAGGAUUUUUUUGUACACAUCUAUUUUUCCUGAGUCGAUUGUUCUAUGUAUUUGUUAUUAGUGUCACUUGUCAUAUGUGUUUUGUCUUUCAAUGUGUAGCCAACUCAGAAAAAAAAAGUGUUCCUAGCAGUGGCGCAAUGAUAAAUAUGGAUUGGCUAGCAACUAAAAUAAGAAGGCCAAAACGUGUGUGAAUCGCAGGGGGAAUAUAUGAAACAGUGACGUCACGCCCAGUCGAAAUUAUCAUGUUUAUGGCUCCUAAGGAAAUCCUUAUCUGACGUGGUCUAGUGAUAAAGUAAAACUAUUAUUAGAUGAGUAUUUCUGUGAUAGUCUUGCAUCUAAGAUGAUUUAGACAAUAUUUUUAAUUUUCCUGA